CCGCGAACGCCACCCCCGCCCCCGCCCGCGCUACUACGGCCGCCACCAUGGACGACCCGACCACGACGCUGGCGCCCGCGACGGUCGCCGCCUCCUUCAAAGCCAAAGGUGGGCGCCACCACGGUGGCCGCGGACGCGGUCGGCCCACGCCCGGCGACGUGGACGUGGAAGGGAAGCCCCUGGACCCGGAGUGGCUCCAGCGGCUGCUAGCUGCAGCCGGGGCCGCGGCGGCCACCAGCUCGUCCGGCCUGGAGGCCCCGGGGGCGGACGAGUUCGCCUCGCCCUGCGACCGCUGGAUGGCGUGCUCGGCCAAGCUCAGGCCCGUCAUGUGGGCGCAGCUUGCCGCCCUGCCCGCCUGCCCCUGCACCUUCCCGGCCAACGUCUUCUACUACAACAAGAUCUGGGACGACAAGCACGGCCGGUACUUCCGGUGGCGCGACGCUUCCGGCCGCGGCGAGAGGCUGGACGUGUACCACCCCGGCGCCGCGCACUGCGUCCGCUCGCUGCACACGGCCAACGCCGGCCUGCUGGCGGCCCAGCACUGCUGCUACGACAGGAACAGACAGCUGUUGACGCGCGGCUCCGGGGCGGGCACGCCCGCGCUCAUGUCCCCCGACGUGUCCGCCGCACUCCACGACAUCCUCGACAUUCGACCGUGGCGCAUCUGCAAAGGGGACUUUACGAGGUACAAUGAUGUUCGGCCGCCGAACAACGACAACGACUGCGCCGCGAAUCCAGACGAGGACGAGUUCCAAAGACAGGUCGACAUGGCGCAGUUCUACUGAUGGUGCCUCAACCCUUGAGCCGAGAUCUUGAAUGUUGUUUGCGAGCAAAUGUGACAUGCAUCUUAACAGCCGACUGGCUGGGCUGGAGAAAAACUUUGCUCAAAAAAAAUUAA